CCGCGAGUCGCGCUGGGAACGAGGCUAGCUCGCGCAGUAAGCCACGCACGUGCUGAGAGAGCAAGCGAAAUUGUGGGGAAAAAACAUCGAGGGUUUGUGCGACUGUUGUGAAGGAGUUGUCAACUCUGUUGGUAUUUGUGGCUGAUUUAGCUACAAUCUGAAGACUUUUCAGCUGGAACACCUUUAGUGCAGGGAUCCUUUUAAGCAAUCAGGAUUUGCUGUGUGCUGAGCUGUGCUGUUUCAGCACCGGUAACGGGCAUAUGAUAGAGGAGGGCGGAUAAUCAUCACACCUGACCUGAGCAAAUCGAAACAAAGAUAAUCAACUUACUUUUUGCUAGAGCUACUCUCCGCCUCUCGAAUAACAGAAAAAAAACUUCACGGAAUCACAAGGAAUGGCGUAAAUGUCAAAAAGGUCCUGUUUUGUGCGAAGAAAUCGCCUUACUCAGCCCCAGUCUGCGGUGAAGACGGCCGCGCCGGAAUCUGUGAGAGCAUCUCACGGCGCCUCCGGCCUCUGUCCCCGGCUAUUGAUCCCCGUCCUCCUGCGCGAGGGACAAAAGGAUCCUUAUCGAAGUCUUUGUCCCUGGGCCGUCAAGUGGUGAUUGCAGCAAUCGCUCAUCAAGACUCAAUCCUUCCUGAACUCAAUCCUGGAGACUGGAGAUGGGUGAGCUGUGACGCGCAUCGCCACCUCCGCCGUGCCAAGACCGAAGCACGUGCCGUCUCGCUCACACCCGCCACUGCUGUCUUGUCGGAGAGACUGAGUGAGCGAGAGAGUGGGGGAGGGACGGACAGGGAGAGAGAGGGAUAGAGAGAGACGUAGAGAGAGAGAGAGAGAGAGAGAGGGAGGGAGAGAGAGAAGGGUAGCAGCGGAGUUGCAACGAGAGGUCACCACCGCCAAGAGAGAGUGCGAGAGUGUCCCAUCCAGCAAACGGUUAUCCUCGCGCGACUCUUCACACACGCGCGCCUUACGUGAAUAGUUCCUUGUGUUACCACUGCAGGUCACACCUGAUGUCGACUGUGACUUAAGAAAACAGAGAGUUCCAACGCACUAAACACUUGUUGAGGUUCAAACAGGAACCACGUAUUGAGAACUCGCGGAGAACACGGGAACGAAAGAAAGAAAGAAAGAAAGAAAGAGCAGAGCCUCCACGACGUCUUCGAGCAUCCUCAGAUCCUGCUAACAGAUAACCUGGUGUGAAUAAUUACGAGACAGAAGCCUUGAGAGACGAGAGAGAUGUGGAGCAAAGGGAACGUUGAGAUAGCGAAACAUCCGUCACAGCUUCAGUACAAGCGUGCCUGAGGGAAGACAUCACUGGGAGACCAGAACGCCCUUAGACCGAGUCUGCUGCUGUUUCAACUGAUCUGUUGAUUUCACGAACGCAAAAAUGUGUGCUUGAGUGUGUUUUAACUUUGACAUAUUCAUAUUCUUUAUUGAGAAAUGUGACUGACCAUCCUUUGAAUGAAAUACUGUGAAGAACGAGUUUCUGCAUACGUGAACAAUUAGUUUGGACAUUGGUUACCUCUCAGAGCAGCCGUACUUGGUAUAGAAAGUAAUCCAAAGUGACUGAUUUCAUUCCACUUAACAGUUCUCGGUGUUUUUACCUUGAUGACAAAACGCGGGAGACACUUUUGAUUUUAAAGAUAAUCGGUUGUUGUUGGUUUCUUUUUUUUAAGUCUAAGAAAGUUCUACUCCCGCUGUGUGGUGUGUGUGCACUAAGCCAGGCGAAUGGACGUUAAAGGCGUUAUUCUGCGCCGCUGCAAAAAAGCCAGGGCGUCACCUGGGAGGCUGGAGGGUGGUCCUGUGACCUGUCUGCUCCACUGGGCACGCACGCUCAUCUUGUGUGACCGGAAACCUCUUGGAAAUCACUUCUGAGCGGACCAAGGAUUUAAGGGAUCCAGGGUGUCGCUGCUAUUACAUCACAUUCAGGAAUUCUUAUUUGCCACGUUUGUAGAGAAGUUCUCAGGUUCGAUAAAACAGAUAUCUCAGUUUCAAACACUCCGUGCUUAUUGUACGUCGGAAAUACCUCACUCUGAGUGCUCCCUGCUGACGUAAAAAGUGCUUGUGAUUUACGUUUCAAUCAACAUUGUGACAGUUAUUUAUAUAGAGAAGGACAAACGACAAGAACUAUUUCUUGGUAGUUUGGAAACUGAACAUAAGAGGUUACCAGUACCGUUGGUGUAUUUAGAAUUUGUUUAAGCCUAAAAGCUCCAUCGCCUUCACAGCUCCAAAAUGGAGGAGAGCAAUAGUUUGUCGGACGCCUAUCUCAUCGACCCGUACCCGUCAGAGAAUGUGAACACCACGCAGGAGCCCAUGCCCAACAUGACCUUACAGCCAGCUCGUCCUAACGGUACCGUGGACGCCCUUGUCUUUGAGCACUACGUCCGCAUCAUCGUUCCCACCAUUUUCGGUGUCAUCUGUCUGCUGGGGCUGUUCGGGAACUUCCUCGUCAUCAUGGUGGUCAUCUUCAACAAGCACAUGCGCAACACCACCAACAUCCUCAUCUUGAGUCUGGCAGUGGCGGACCUGUUGUUCAUCCUGUUCUGUGUGCCGUUUACUGCUACCGGGUACGCUCUUCCCGUCUGGCCGUUCGGAGACAUCGGCUGUAAGGUACAGAGUUACGCCAUGUACGUGUGCGCCUACGCCAGUGUAUACACACUAGUCCUCAUGUCCCUGGACAGGUAUCUUGCCGUGGUGCACGCCAUACGCUCAAUGACGUGGCGGUCUGAGAGGAACACUUGGUUCGCCAUAGCUGUCGUGUGGAUUAUCAUCCUGUGCGGGAACACACCGCUGCUGGUUCAGUUCGGGGAGAAGCGGUACGUGUACGAGAAGGUGGAGAACAGAUCCGCGUGUCUCAACCUUGUGGACCUUGAGGAUGCCAGCGUGGGGAAAGCCUUUUUUGGCUGUUUCCUCUUCUUCGGCUACAUCAUCCCUCUCGGGGUGACCGUUCUUCUCUACAGUCUCAUGCUCAAGAGGUUGUUGUACGGCGUAGUGCCGGGGGGAAGGAACCAAUCAGCGGAGAGUAUUCGUGCCAAGAAAAGAGUUACGCGCAUGGUGGUCAUUGUGGUCGUCAUCUUCGCUCUGUGCUGGCUGCCCAUCCAGAUCAUCUUGUUCUGGCAGAAGUUCGGUAACUACCCGAUGCACGCAACUUACAUAGGAACCAUGAUGGCUGCCAACUGCUUAGCGUAUAUGAACAGCUGCGUCAACCCAAUUCUCUACGCCUUCCUCUCUGAGAACUUCAGGAGGAGCUUCAGGAAAUUUCUGUGCUGCUCAGAAACGUCUCGAAGGAUGGACUAUGAACGUACUAACGUGCGGUUCACCACCUGUGAGAAGGAGACAGUUAAUACUUGCGUGUCUAACAAUAAGACGUACACACCUGUUUAGAGCUCAGAACCGCUCUCGACUCGAAUCUAAGGCUGAGGAGAUACAUCUACUAAAGACUAGACAGACCUCGCAUGUCUUGCUGUGAACGAACCGUUUUGCCAACCAGCUCCAUUUCCAUUUUUCCUGACCCAGAACUAAACGGCCGCUGCAUCUCCCCCCCCCCCCCCCCUUUCUCAUCCCUCCCCUUGACGUUUUUGGGCUACCGCACGCCGCUGCUCUAGAAAAGGGUCGAUCCAGAGGACCGUUUUCCUCCUAUUAACUCAACCAAAAAUGUCAGGAACAGUCUGAGGACAUAAGGAUGAAGUGACGCCAUAAGAGGAGGGGAAAGUGUUGUCAGUGGCUGGCAGUUCGUUAAGAAAUAUGUCUGCAUUGCCGGCGGCGUCGGGUGACAAAGAAGUUUCUAUUUCAGAAACGAAAGCGACUUAAGAGAGUGUGUUGUUCUGUGUCCUGUUUCUUCCGAGGAAGUUAGGACUCCUUCCCGACUUUCCCGGUGUUCAACUCGCACGAGGUUCACGUCACGGGAUAGAGAAGACCAACAGCAACUUCUUUCUCCUCCCCCC